AUGGCGCAAUCUAAUCGUUUCCGUCUCCCUCCUCCUGGGGCUGAUGAGCAGGACAUUUUGCUGAUGUGCUGGCCUGAGGAUGUCAUCUGUAAAGUGCACUUGAAGAGCUUCGUGGAGCAGCAGGGCCUGGUGGGCUAUGACCCCAAUCUAGAUGUCCUUCUCGUGACAGAGGGGAAGCUGCGGUCGCUGGCUGAGCUGCAGCAAGCCGUUCUGCAGUGCACCGCUGGGGGCCAGGGCAGCUGCUGCAGCAUCGUGCAUGUGGUGAGCUGCGAGGAGGAAUUCCAGCAGCAGCAGCUGGAUCUGCUCUGGAGGAUUUUGGACCCAGGAGCCCACACAGCUUCGCAGAAACACCUUGUCUGCGGGCCAGUGAAGGUGACAAACCCCUCAUCACCCAUCGGGGCAGACCAGUACUUCCAGCUCCGAAAGCGCCAGAUGUACAAAGCCUCUGUGGUGAAGUACGGGGAGCUUGCACAAGAUGAGGCCUGGACUGAGGUGAUUGAUACCCUCACAGUGGCUGCCAUCAGGUUUGAGAUGCUGAGCACUGCUCACCGGAGUCAGAUCACCCUGGACCUGGAGGACAGCAGCAUCUCCACAAAGGGAACCAAGAGCGGUGCCUUCGUGAUGUACAACUGUGCUCGGCUGGCCACGCUCUUUGACACCUACCAGCGAGCUGUGGAGCGGGGCACAUAUCCACCUCUGCCACCGGCGUCAGAACAGAGCUUCUCCUGCCUCCGGGAAGAGGGUGAAUGGCUCCUGCUCUUCAACUAUCUCCUGCCCUUCCCUGAAGUCCUGCAGCAGGCAGCACAGCUGCCUGCACCCACCAAGGGGAUACGGAUCACAGCCAACACAGAGACAGUGUGCAAGUUCCUGAUCCAGCUCAGCAUGGAUUUCAGCUCCUACUACAACCGGGUCCACAUCCUGGGGGAGCCGUUCCCUCACCUCUUUGACCAGAUGUUUGCCCGCCUCCGGCUGCUGGAAGCGGUGAGGGAUGUGUUCCACAGCGCGCUGGCGACUCUGCACCUCCCUCCUCUCAGCCAGAUCUGAGCCACCUCCGAGGAGCUGCGCCACGGUGCGACAGACACCAUGACAGUGUGCCUUGAGGGGAAGGACAGGGCACAUCCUCCCUGGCAGGGUGGGGGGCUGCCUGACAGACAGGCAGGGGUCAGGGCAUGCCUCAGCCCCACCCAGGUGCUUCCCCUCCUGCUGCCACAUUUUGAGGGUUUGGCUACACCCACCCCGUGGCUGUGCCCAGCAUGGAGAUGGGUGCACCUGCCACAUCCACACCAGCAGAAGGGAGGGUGUCUGUGGCACCCUGUAAGCCAGGCUGGGGGGCACUGGGGGAGGCGGCACCAAGGACCAGGGCACCACAAAGCCAGGCAUCAACCUUGCUUCCCUCAAAGCCGUUUAUUGAAGAUUGCUCCAUGCUGGCAGGGAGCUCCUCCUGGCAGGCUCAAGGCCCUGGUUGGGCCCCAGGCCAGGCCCCAAUAGCGGGGUUCAAUACACUUGUUGCUGGACAAAUGCUGUGUGUGUCUGACCCCAACAGAGCACCCUGCCCCAGGCGUAGCUGUUUGUCCUUCCCUGUGCUCCGACUGUGCUGGUUCCUGCUGCUGCACAGGGACAACCCCCUCAGCUUGAGGCAGCACUGAAGGGCUGCCCUGCGGGGUUGGUGGCUGGGCCCCAGCUGGCACAGCUCAGGUAGGCUGCCACCCCAUGCCCUGCAGGGUGCUGCUACGGAGGAUCAGUGUCCCCACUCAUUUCAGCACAGUCCCCAGUGCUGCAGGGCCAGGGCUGUCACACAGGGCCCCGUCACACGAGGCUGUAGCCUGCACCAGUGCCUGACCAGUCCUUGGCCUCCUGCUGCCCUCAAGCUCCCAGGGCUGGGCAUGGGGCUCAGCACCCUCUCAAACACGUUCCUCUCUGGGACCAGGGCCAGAAAGCCUGGCCAUGGAACCCUCGCACCUUGGGGAGGAGGAACUUCUGGGCAGGGUGGGCUGAUGACCUCACUCCUCCUGUACUGCCUGGGGAGCCAUAGGCUAGUCCAGGAGGGGUCCCAGCUGCCUUCUCCCAUGAGACUGCCAGCCUUGAGCACCCCAGAUGUGGCUGUGCUGUCCCCAGAGAAGCCAAGCAUGCCCGGUCCCCUCAAGAGGGGACACAUCAGCAUGUAGGCUGGGACAGGCUGUGGUGAUGGGCAGAGCACAAUCGCAGGGUGCCCUCCCCAGGCAGGUGGGGAGCAGGGUGUGACGCACGCCUGCCCUGUUACUGGGGAGCCUCUGGUGGAGGGGGCUCAGGGGGGGCCAUGCCGUGCAACAUCUCGAGGCCCUGCCCGCAGAGCACGCAGCAGUACCACAGCUCCCCCCCGGCCUCUGCCACCUCCCAGCAGUCCAGCUC